UCUAUGGGGAAAGGGGAAAGGCCAUAACCGAACUAAUUCAAACGCAACCCGGCGGAGCAAGCAAGCGCAAGAAGGAAAAAGGUCAAGAAAUGCGAAGCCAUAGAUAUCUAUACAACAAUGAUGCAAGGACUCCACCACCAACAGCAACAGCUAGCGGCUCUCCUCACCGUUGCUCUCCCCAAAGACACCACCGCCACCGCUACCGCCACUUCCUCCUCCUCCUCCUCCUCCACUCCCUCAACAUCGACUCCCACCACCACGACAACUCCCGCAGUUUCAACCAGCUCCGAUGAAAGCGACUCAGCUCGUCUCGCGGCUAUUAAUUCUCUCCACCGCGCGAUUCGUUACCCUCCUAACUCUAUCCUCGUCGCUCACUCCGCUUCUUUCCUCGCCCAAGGCUUCUCUCAACUUCUUUCCGACAAGUCAUACUCAGUGAGGCAGGCUGCUGCUAUUGCAUAUGGUGCUCUUUGUGCAGUUGUGUGUUCAAUUCCUAUAGGAUCAAGUGGAAGGCAAAAUCAUGUUAUGCUCGGUAGUUUGGUGGAUCGGUUCAUCGGUUGGGCUUUGCCGCUGCUUAGUAAUAUUAGUAACAGGGAUGGGACCACAGAACUGGCAUUGGAAGCUCUACGCGAGUUUCUUAGUGUAGGUGAUGUGGGUGGGAUUGAAAGGUAUGCUUUAUCAAUCCUCAAAGCAUGUCAAGAACUUCUAGAGGAUGAGAGAACCUCCUUGACUUUAUUGCAUCGGCUUCUAGGUGUUUUGACUUUGAUCUCAUUGAAGUUUUCGUUGUCCUUCCAACCGCAUUUUCUUGACAUUGUUGAUCUGCUUCUUGGGUGGGCGUUGGUACCUGACCUUGCAGAAUCUGACAGACGUGUUAUUAUGGAUAGUUUCUUGCAAUUUCAGAAACAUUGGGUUGGUAAUUUGCAGUUCUCUCUGGGAUUGUUGUCCAAGUUCUUGGGAGAUAUGGAGGUAUUGCUUCAGGAUGCGACACAUGGAACCCCACAACAGUUUCGAAGGUUGCUUGCAUUGCUGUCUUGCUUUUGUACAGUUCUGCAAUCUACUGCAUCUGGAUUGCUGGAGAUGAAUCUGCUUGAACAAAUAAGUGAACCUUUAAGCAAAAUGCUUCCCCGGUUAUUGGGAUGUUUAUCUGUUGUUGGAAAGAAGUUUGGAUGGUCAAAAUGGAUUGAAGAUUCAUGGAAGUGCUUGACUCUAUUGGCAGAAAUAUUACGAGAAAGGUUUUCCACAUUUUAUUCACUUGCUGUGGACAUAUUAUUCCACAGCUUGGACUUGGACAGUACUAGUCGACUUGUUGGAGCUGGGAAGAUCACCUCCUUUCAAGUUCAUGGGGUCUUAAAAACUAAUCUUCAAUUAUUAUCUUUGCAAAAGCUUGGCCUCCUCCCCUCAUCUGUGCAGAAAAUUCUUCAUUUUGAUGCAGCAAUAUCUCAACUGCGAUUGCACCCAAAUCAUUUAGUCACUGGAAGUUCUGCAGCUACUUAUGUCUUCUUGCUUCAACACGGGAAUGAUGAAAUAGUUCAACAGGCAAUGACCUUGUUAACUGAAGAGCUGCAGCUCUUGAAGGGUAUGCUCGGAAAUAUUUUAGGUCAUGGAGAGGGGGUUAAUAGUGUCGGAGAUACUAGAUCUUACUCAAAAUGUGAGUUGUUUGCAUUGAUUAAAUUUGAUUUGAAAGUUCUGUUAACUUCUGUUUCCUUGUGUGGACAUAACAGUUUGAUUGUCCAACCAAAGAAUGCCACCUUGUAUCUUCAGAGGUCAGAAAAUUUGAUUUAUUUUAUUAUUGAGAAGCUGAACCCUUUUGAUUUACCUAUUCAGUUUUGUGUGGAAUUGCAAGUCAAUGUUAUCAAGACAUUAGAUAGGUUAAGUAUGAUUAAAUUCUUGAGCAAGUGUUCCAUAAGAAAUCAAAGUGGCCAUAUACCUCCUGGGGAUGCUGCUGCUGAAAAAGUCCUUAAUGAUAAUAGUUUCCGAGAUGUUCAUUCAGCCAUGAUUGCUGAGUAUCUGAGGGAGUGUGGCAUGCUUCUUGUUAAAGCUCUUCAUGUUUCUUCUCCUGUCUCAGUUAAAGUAGUAGCUCUGGAAUGGGUCCAAAGAUUCUGUGAAAAUCUCAUUUCCAUCUGUGAGAAUUCAAAGAUGGACACUAACUUCUAUGAAGACUUUGGAUAUGUUUCUCAUUUUGGAAAUACGAUUUUCUCUAUUUUGGAGGCUGCAUUUGACAGGGAACCAAAAGUCAGGUUACAUGUCACAUUAGCUUUGGAGCUGCUUUUGCAAGCAAGAUUGAUGCACCCCUUGUACUUUAAUUCUGUUAGUGAAGUGGUCCUAGAAAAACUUGGUGAUCCAGAUAAUGACAUUAGAAAUGCAUAUGUUAGGCUACUGUCUCACGUCUUGUUGACUACAAUAUAUGCAUAUGGCAUUCAUCAUAUUGAAGCAUUUAGCAAUUCUAGGCCCCGAGCUCUUAUGUUAGGCAAUAAUUCAAACUUGUACUGGAAGCAAGUAUUUUCCUUAAAGCAGCUGCCUCAGCAACUUCACUCACAGCAACUUGUUUCCAUUUUGAGUUACAUUUCACAAAGAUGGAAAGUGCCUCUUUCUUCUUGGAUCCAACGGCUUAUUCAUACAUGUAGGAGCUCAAAGGAUGGCAUUUUGGGACAGCUUGAGGAAACUGGAAUUCUAGGUGUGAAUGAUCUACGGAUGGAUAUAAAAGUGGAAGAAGAUGCUCUAGAAAAACUUUGCUCUGUUAAUAACCUGGCUGGUGCUUGGUGGGCCAUACAUGAGGCAGCCAGAUAUUGUAUUUCUACUCGCCUACGGACUAACCUUGGUGGGCCUACUCAAACUUUUGCAGCAUUGGAGCGGAUGCUUUUGGAUGUUGCACAUGUGCUACAGCUUGAUAGUGAGCAAAAUGAUGGAAGCUUAAGUAUAAUAGGUUCUUCUGGUGCGCACUUGUUGCCAAUGAGGUUAUUGUUGGAUUUCGUUGUGGCCUUGAAGAAAAAUGUAUAUAACGCAUAUGAAGGAUCUGCUGUUUUACCAUCUGCUAGUCGACAGAGUUCACUGUUUUUUCGAGCAAAUAAGAAAGUAUGUGAGGAAUGGUUUUCUCGUAUAUGUGAGCCCAUGAUGAAUGCUGGAUUGGGAUUGCAAUGCCAUGAUGCUACAAUUCAAUACUGCACUUUGCGGCUCCAGGAGCUUAAAAGUCUAGUGAUGUCAGCAUUUAAAGAGAAGUCCCAGGCUCAGGUAACUGAAAACCUACAUAACAUGAAGGAGAAAUAUAUUGGAGAUAUCUUGAGGGUUGUACGACACAUGUCAUUGGCUCUAUGCAGGAAUCAUCAAUCAGAGGCUCUAAUUGGUCUACAAAAAUGGGUUUCAGUGACCUUUUCUUCACUACUUUUAGAUGAAGAUCAGUCUAUGAAUCACAAUGGCAUAUUGGGACCUUUCCAGUGGAUAACUGGGCUUGUAUAUCAGGCAGAAGGACAAUAUGAAAAAGCUGCUUCUCAUUUUGCUCACUUGUUACAGACUGAGGAGUCACUCAGUACCAUGGGUUCUGAUGGUGUGCAGUUUGCCAUUGCACGUAUUAUUGAGAGUUAUACAGCUGUAUCUGAUUGGAAGUCCCUGGAAUCAUGGCUUUUAGAGUUGCAAACACUUCGCGCUAAGCAUGCUGGAAAGAGUUAUUCUGGUGCUUUAACUACGGCAGGCAAUGAAAUGAAUGCAAUUCAUGCAUUGGCACGUUUUGAUGAGGGUGAUCUUCAGGGUGCAUGGGCAUACUUGGAUUUGACACCAAAAUCUAGCAGUGAACUCACACUUGAUCCCAAACUAGCCUUGCAGAGGAGUGAGCAGAUGCUUUUGCAGGCAUUGCUUCUUCAGAUUGAGGGAAAUGUGGACAAGGUGCCGCAUGAAUUACAGAAGGCCAAGUCAAUGCUGGAGGAAAUGUUGUCUGUUCUGCCACUUGAUGGAUUAGCUGAGGCUGCUAAAUGUGCCACACAGUUGCAUUGCAUCUUUGCAUUUGAAGAAGGUUAUGAACUCACGGGAAACCAAGGGAAAUGCCAGGAGCACAUGGCAAGCCAAGGCAAAUCCAAACUGAGUCAGUCAGUUUUAAGUUCAUAUUUGCAGCCCUUGCGGCCUUUAAUUAAAGGAAUUCAUCAAGAUUGUAACCCUUGGUUGAAAAUUCUCCGGGUUUAUCGAACCAUUUUCCCUACUUCUCCAGUUACCCUAAAGCUUUCUAUGAAUUUGUCAAGUUUGGCUCGUAAACAAGGAAAUCUGAUGUUGGCAAACUGUCUGAACAGCUAUAUGAGAGAUCAUGUGUUGAGUUGCUCUCAGGAGAGAUACCCUAAUUUGCUAAUUUUGAAUUUGCAAUAUGAGGAAAUAUUGCUACUGUAUGCUGAGAACAAGAUUGAGGAUGCUUUUGCGAAUAUUUGGUCAUUUCUUCGUCCUUGUUUGUGUUCUUCUGCUUUGAUUGUUAAUGAUAUUGAUGAUGGUAUGUUGAAGGCAAAGGCUUGCUUGAAACUUUCAAAUUGGUUGAGACGGGAUUAUUCCAGUAUGAGUUUCGAAAAUAUUGUUCUCAGGAUGCUAGCAGACCUCAAUGUGGCUAAUGCUUCUUCCAUUGGCACAGGUGGAAAAUGUUUCAGUGAUAUGGACUUAAGCUCUAAACUAAGCUUAGAUGUUAUUAUUGAGGAAAUAGUGGGUACAGCUACAAAGUUGUCCACUCAACUUUGCCCUACAAUGGCCAAGUCAUGGAUUUCUUAUGCUUCUUGGUGUUUCAAUCAGGCCAAGAGCUCUGUUGUUAACCAGCGUGAAAAGUGCCUUCAUUCAUGCUCUUUUUCUCCCAUGCUGGUUUCAGAACUUGCACCUGAAAGAUUCAAGAUGACUGAAGAUGAGAUCCAAGGAGUGGAAUCUGUUAUAAUGCCACUUUUUCAGAAGAGGGAUGAUAUGGAGCAUGUAGAUGAUAGAGCGGAACAGUGGAAUUUUUGUUCUGAUCCUGCAGAAAUGUUGAGAACCGACAAUCCUUCAAAGGCUUUGGUGCAGCAAGUGGUGGAUAUGAUGGAAGCUGCUGCUGGAGCACCUGGUGCAGAAAAUUCUGGUGGUGAAAGGCUUUCUGCAACUUUAAGUGCUCAGUUGCGAAGUUCUUUACAAUUUGCAAGUAUUGGUGUAGAAGAAACAGAUAUAACAUAUGUAAUUGAUAAGUUGAUUGAUGUUUGGUGGUCGUUGAGGAAGAGAAGAGUCUCUCUAUUUGGGUAUGCAGCUCAUGGUUUCAUACAGUAUCUUUUACAUUCAUCUACCAAGCUUUGUGAUGGUCAGUUGUCUGGUGAUGUUUGUGAAUCCUUGAAACAAACAGCUGGCAGCUAUACCCUGAGAGCUACAUUGUAUGUCCUGCACAUUCUUCUCAACUAUGGAUUGGAGUUAAAAGACACACUUGAACCAGAUCUUUCAACAGUUCCUUUGUCGUCAUGGCAGGAUGUUACACCUCAAUUAUUUGCUCGCUUGAGUUCACAUCCUGAGGAAGUUGUCAGGAAGCAAAUAGAGGGCUUAUUAGUGAUGUUAGCCAAGCUUUCUCCUUGGUCUAUAGUUUACCCAACACUAGUUGAUAUAAAUGCUUAUGAAGAGAAGCCCUCUGAGGAGCUGCAGCACAUUCUGGAUUGUUUGACAGAGCUUUAUCCAAGAUUAGUCCAGGAUGUUCAACUUGUGAUUAAUGAGCUUGGAAAUGUUACUGUUCUUUGGGAGGAACUAUGGCUUAGCACUCUUCAAGAUCUCCACAUGGAUGUAAUGAGGCGCAUAAAUGUUCUGAAAGAAGAAGCUGCACGAAUUGCAGAGAAUGCUACUCUUAACCAGAGUGAGAAGAACAAGAUAAAUGCUGCUAAAUACUCAGCCAUGAUGGCUCCCAUCGUUGUAGCCCUGGAACGCCGUCUAGCUUCAACCUCUACAAAGCCCGAGACACCUCAUGAAUUAUGGUUCCAUCAGGAGUAUAAAGAGCAGUUAAAAUCGGCCAUAUUAAGCUUUAAGACUCCUCCGGCAUCUGCUGCUGCACUGGGAGAUGUCUGGCGGCCAUUUGACAAUAUUGCUGCAUCCCUAGCAUCUUAUCAGAGGAAAUCUUCAGUUUCUUUGGGGGAAGUUGCACCACAGCUGGCUAUGUUAUCAUCCUCUGAUGUUCCAAUGCCUGGUCUUGAGAAGCAAGUCACGGCGUCUGAAUCUGACGGAGGUCUCACUUCAACUCUACAAGGAAUUGUCACAAUUGCAUCUUUCUCAGAACAGGUUACGAUCUUGUCAACUAAAACGAAACCAAAAAAGCUUGUUAUUCUGGGUUCAGAUGGUAAAACAUACACAUAUCUGUUGAAAGGGCGUGAAGAUUUGCGUCUUGAUGCUAGAAUCAUGCAGCUGCUGCAAGCAAUAAAUAGUUUUCUGCAUUCAUCUUCUACUACUAAUCAUAAUUUGCUUGGCAUUCGCUACUAUUCUGUGACUCCAAUUAGUGGUCGGGCUGGUCUAAUCCAAUGGGUAGAUAAUGUAACAAGCAUAUACAGCAUCUUUAAGUCUUGGCAAAACCGUGUCCCGCUUGCACAACUUUCUGCUUUGGGAUCUGGAAAUGCAAAAAAUUCUGUUCCUCCUGUUCCUCGGCCAAGUGAUAUGUUCUAUGGAAAAAUCAUUCCCGCACUCAAGGAGAAAGGCAUCAGGAGAGUAAUUUCCCGAAGAGACUGGCCUCAUGAAGUCAAGCGCAAAGUUCUUUUGGAUCUUAUGAAGGAGGUCCCUAAACAGCUUCUGCAUCAAGAACUUUGGUGUGCUAGUGAAGGGUUCAAAGCCUUCAGCUCAAAAUUGAAGAGGUAUUCUGGAAGUGUUGCAGUCAUGAGUAUGGUGGGUCACAUUUUGGGCCUUGGUGAUAGACAUUUGGAUAACAUCCUUAUGGAUUUCAGUAGUGGGGAUGUGGUGCAUAUUGAUUACAAUGUUUGUUUUGAUAAAGGGCAAAGACUUAAAGUCCCAGAGAUUGUUCCAUUCCGUCUAACCCAGACAAUCGAGGCUGCACUAGGGUUGACAGGCAUAGAAGGUACCUUUAGAGCGAAUUGUGAGGCAGUUGUUGGUGCUCUAAGGAAGAAUAAGGAUAUACUCUUGAUGUUACUGGAAGUGUUUGUAUGGGAUCCACUUAUAGAAUGGACACGUGGAGAUUUUCAUGAUGAUGCUGCAAUUGGUGGUGAAGAAAGAAAAGGCAUGGAGUUGGCUGUUAGCUUGAGUUUAUUUGCAUCACGAGUGCAAGAAAUUCGUGUUCCCUUGCAGGAACAUCAUGAUCUUUUGUUGGUUACAUUGCCAGCUGUUGAAUCUGCUCUUGAGAGGUUUGGAGAUGUUCUGAAUCAAUAUGAGCUCGUCUCUGCUCUUUUUUAUCGAGCUGACCAAGAGAGAUCUAAUCUUAUUCUGCUUGAGACAUCUGCAAAGUCAAUUGUCGCUGAAGCAACUUGUAGCUCGGAGAAAAUUCGUGCAUCAUUUGAAAUUCAAGCUCGAGAGUUUAAUCAAGCGAAGAAUUUGGUUGCUGAGAAAGCUCAACAAGCUACAUCUUGGAUUGAGCAGCAUGGAAGGAUCCUUGAUGCUUUACGAGGCAAUUUAAUUCCUGAAAUGAAUGCCUGCAUAAAUCUUAGUGGUAUGGCAGAUGCUCUAUCUCUUAUAUCUGCCGUUCCUGUGGCUGGGGUCCCGUUGACUAUAGUACCUGAGCCCACACAAGCCCAAUGCUAUGAUAUAGAUAGGGAAGUUUCUCAGCUUAUAUCUGAGUUGGAUCGUGGACUCUCUUCUGCAGUAAUGGCUCUUCAAGCCUACGCAUUGGCUUUACAAAGAGUACUACCUUUAAAUUACCUUUCAACCAGUGCAGUGCAUGGCUGGGGACAAGUACUGCAACUAUCUGCAAAUGCUGUUUCUUCUGACAUCCUCUCCCUAGCGAGAAGACAGGCUGCUGAACUGAUUGCAAAAGUACAUGGGGAUAGUCUUGAUUUUAUGAAGAGCAGUCAUGAUGACCUUUGCUUUAAAGUGGAGAAGUAUGCGGUAGAGAUUGAGAAAGUUGAGCAAGAGUGUGCUGAGCUAGUUAACUCAAUUGGCACAGAGACUGAAUCAAAAGCUAAGGAUCGUCUCAUGUCUGCUUUAAUGAGAUACAUGCAAUCUGCUGGUCUUGUAAGGAAGGAAGAUGCUAAUUCUUCUCUGCAAUCUGGAGAAUCAAAGUAUGAUGGCACAAGAGCUUCAAGAACACGAGGGGAGUUCGAAGAGAAGAAGGACAAGGUGUUAUCUGUUCUAAGUACAGCAGUGCGGUCAUUGUAUGAUGAUGUUAAGCGUAGGGUACUUGACACGUACAGUCAUACUGGUAGGGCUCAAAAUGAAAACAGUCGGCUACAAUCUGAUCUUGGAACUGUCUUCUCUGAGUUUGAAGAGCAAGUAGAGAAAUGCAUUCUUGUUGCUGGGUUUGUAAAUGAACUAUGGCAGCAAAUUGGUGGAGACAUGCUGGGUGUAGAUAGAGAUUUCUAUUAUCCAAAGCAUUAUUCUGAAGGAAACUGGGCUUCCAUAUUCAAAACCAUUUUACUUUGCUGUAAAAAUUUGGUUGGGGAAAUGACUGAAGUUGUUUUACCAGAUGUAAUGAGAUCUGCUGUUUCAUCCAAUACGGAAGUUAUGGAUGCAUUUGGAUUAAUCUCACAAAUAAGGGGAUCUGUUGACACUGCACUGGAGCAGCUAGUGGAGGUUGAAUUAGAGAGGGCAUCCUUGGUUGAACUAGAACAAAAUUACUUUGUUAAGGUUGGCCGCAUUACUGAACAACAGUUGGCUCUUGAAGAAGCUGCUAUGAAGGGUAGGGAUCAUCUAUCUUGGGAAGAAGCAGAGGAACUGGCCUCUCAAGAAGAAGCUUGCAGGGUGCAGCUAGACCAACUCCAUCAAACUUGGAAUCAGAGAGACAUGCGAACUUCUUCUCUCAUAAGGAGAGAAGCUGAGAUUGAAAAUUCCUUGGUUUCUUGUGAAAACCAUUUUCAAUCUCUAAUUAACAGUGAAGACUUUAGAGAGUCACAUCACUCAAGAAGCAAAGUACUACUAGCCAUCUUAGUAAAACCUUUCUCUGACUUAGAAUCAGUUGAUAAGGCAUUAUCUUCAUUGAGUAGCUCUGUUGCUCCUCGUGCAGAUGAAAUUCCUAAUUUGGUGGACCUUUUGAGCUCUGGGCACUCAGUAUCUGAGUCUGUUUGGAAUUUUGGAACUUUAUUGAGCAGCCAUUCCUUCUUUAUUUGGAAAAUAGGUGUUCUGGAUUCCAUCCUUGAUUCAUGUAUACAUGAUGUGGCUUCAUCAGUGGAUCAAAAUUUAGGAUUUGAACAGCUUUUUAAUGUAGUUAAGAGAAAGCUUGAAAUUCAACUUCAAGAGUAUCUGGGUCGCUACCUGAAAAUACGAGUUGCUCCCGCUUUACUAUCUUGGUUAGAUAAAGAAAAUGAACAUUUGAAGCUAUUGACAGAGGGAGCUAAGGAAGCAAGUACUGAUCACAUAAGGAAGGAUGCUAUGGCUGUUAAAAGGGUCCAGCUCAUGCUUGAGGAGUACUGCAACACACAUGAAACUGCUAGAGCAGCAAGGUCAGCUGCUUCUCUUAUGAAAAGGCAAGUGAAUGAGCUCAAAGAAGCUCUGCGCAAGACUAUACUAGAGAUUGUGCAAAUGGAAUGGAUGCAUGAUGUUGGCUUGAACCAUUCACACAGUAGUAGGAUCCUGUUCCAGAAAUUUUUUUCUAGUGAUGAUGAGCUGUAUCCCAUUGUUCUAAACCUCAGUAGACCUAAGUUGCUAGAAACUAUGCAAGCUGUUGUUUCAAAAGUAGCUAGGUCAAUAGAGGGCCUACAGUCAUGCGAGCACACUUCUCUUGCAGCAGAAGGGCAGCUUGAGAGAGCAAUGGGAUGGGCUUGUGGUGGACCGAAUUCUGGUGGAACGGGAAAUUCUUCAGCCAAGGCUUCUGGAAUUCCUCCAGAAUUCCAUGACCACCUGAUGAGGCGCAGGCAUCUGCUACAGGAAGCAAGAGAAAAGGCAUCAAACAUUGUCAAAAUUUGCAUGUCAAUAUUAGAGUUUGAGGCAUCUCGGGAUGGUAUUUUUCAGAUCCCAAGAGAGGCGUAUGCAUUAAGCACUGGUGGUGAUAGCAGAACAUGGCAACAAGCUUACUUUAGUGCGCUAACUAAAUUGGAGGUUACCUAUCAUUCUUUUACACGUACUGAACAAGAAUGGAAGCUUGCUCAAAGCAACAUGGAAGUUGCUUCCAAUGGCUUAUAUUCUGCAACUAAUGAACUAUGCAUUGCCUCUCUUAAAGCAAAAUCUGCCUCAGGUGAUUUACAAAGCACUGUUCUUGCAAUGAGAGAUUGUGCAUAUGAAGCCAGUGUUGCUUUAUCUGCAUUUGCUCGUGUAUCUAGGGGCCAUACUGCUUUAACUUCUGAAUCUGGUUCAAUGCUGGAAGAGGUUUUGGCAAUAACUGAAGAUCUGCAUGAUGUUGACAGUCUGGGAAAGGAGGCUGCAGCUGUACACCAUUCCCUUAUGGAAGAUCUUUCAAAGGCAAAUGCCAUCCUUCUUCCACUGGAAUCAGUUUUAUCCAAGGAUGUGUCAGCUAUGACUGAAGCCAUGGCUAGGGAGAGAGAGACCAAGAUGGAAGUAUCUCCAAUACAUGGACAAGCCAUAUACCAGUCUUAUGGCUUAAGAAUUCGGGAGACUGGCCAGACCUUUAAGCCCUUGGUACCAUCACUUACGUUUUCUGUGAAGGAAUUACAUUCUUUGUUGACCAGACUUGCACGAACUGCCAGUCUUCAUGCUGGCAACCUGCAUAAAGCUCUUGAAGGACUAGGUGAAAGCCAGGAAGUAAAAUCACAGGGCAUUAGUUUGUCAAGGCCAGAUCUUGCUGGUGAUGCCACUGAAUCUGAUGAAAGAGCUGGAGAGAGCAUCUCCACAUCAGGCAGUGGGAGCACCAAAGAUUUUGUUGGUCUAACUGGGCUUUCUUUGCAAGAUAAAGAGUGGAUAUCACCUCCAGAUAGCAUUGGCAGUAGCAUUGUGGAAUCUGGCAUUACCUCAAAUGGUACUAGUCUUUCAGAUAGCAUCAAUGACCCAGCAGAGGUGAUGGAAAAGAUUUGGCUUGUUUCUAAUCACAAAACGGCUAAUGAUGGUCAAAAUUUUGUUCCAUCUUCACAAAGCGAUUAUGAUGAAAUCUCACAAAGUGGGCAGAGAAGUUCCAAGAACAUGCAGAUGAACAACAGUGACACUUAUUCUGUGAAAUCAGCAACUGAUGAGCCAAAUGAAUAUCUGAAAGCUGUGGCCCCAGUAAAUGAUGAAGCUGUAAGUGCUCCUCUUGAAUCUUCACAACCUUCAAACAAGGAGAACUUGGAUGUAAAAUUUGGGGGUAAGGAUGAAGUAUCGACGUCAAGAAAAGUUGAGGUUGGUGAUGAGGAUCAUGGAGUUCCUGUUCCCAACACUCACACUGCCAGUCGUAUAGCGAGGGGUAAAAAUGCUUAUGCACUCUCAGUCCUAAAACGUGUCGAAAUGAAGUUAGAUGGACAAGACAUUACGGAGAGAAGGGAAAUUAGCAUUGCCGAGCAAGUGGAUUAUCUACUUAAGCAAGCUACUAGUGUUGAUAAUCUUUGCAGCAUGUAUGAAGGUUGGACACCAUGGAUUUGAAAUCAUGAAUGAAGCCUUUGUGUUCUAGCAUCAAUACCAAACGAUCUUUUCAAGACGGUGUCAACUAUCAAGUAUGUCGGCAGGUAUUCCUAUUACUUGUCAUGUUGGCUGACUGGGCUUCAAACUUGAACUGUUUUCCGUUAAUGGGAGGGAGCCAUCAGAAGUAUUUCCUCGGCUACGACUACGAUGCAUCUUUUGGCUUUAAAAAAAGCCUGGCGUACCGCCACUUCUUGAGAUGAAAGGCAUCUACAGCCCUGUUUCAGAAUAUAUCUCAACCAGCAGGUGCUAUAGCAUCAAAUGUGGAUAUCUGUGUUGAGGUUUCAAGCUCGAGUUUAUUUUGGCUUCCUCUGCCUCUGCUCGAGUUAAUUCAGAUGGGGAACUUCGAUGAAAGCCUUCAAUAUUACCAUUCUAUAACCUGUUAUGUUUAGCUGGAGGACAGGAGCCAUAGUUUAUCGAGAUGGAGGAUAACCUUCAUGAUUCCUGAAGACAGCCAGAAUGCAAAUCAAGCGCCCAAGACUUCCCCGAGUGUGGCCAUCAUCAGUCACACUGCUGCACAUACGGUGACAUUUCCAUCUCUGCUUUAUAGUUCAGAAGAUGAUGUCUCGUUUUUCUGUAUCAUAUUGGCACUGAAUAAAAAAUCCAAGAGCAGAAUCGUUUUUAACUGUAUAUACCACCUCAAUAGGUUGAUCUAUUUAUAUGUAAAAAUCACAGUAACGGAUAAAUUAUUUAGAGUCUCUGCAGCAAUCACAUCCCCUUAUUUUCAGUUUUAUGUUUCUGUGUAUACCCUCUUGGAAGGAAAAACCUGGAGAAGCAUAUGAGAAAUUGGGGACUUUGAUGGGUA